AUUAAAAUUUAUGAAUUAUGUGCACUCUAAAUACCUAAUCCAAUAACAAAGUACCGCCAGCGGUAAUCAUACAUACGUAUGUAUGUGACUCCACCACCAUGGUAAUAAUUUAUUAUGGGCUGUCUAAUAAGUGUAAACAUAUUACCAUACAUAUUACAUAUUACAUAUAUGUACAUAUUAUACAUAUUACAUAUAUUUAUCAAUAGUCGUGACCAAAUUUUUUACCAUUCUGGUAGAGUAACACAGGGCCCUUACGAGGGGCUGCCAGGUGGGGGUUUUCCCCAGGGCCGGGCCCCGAAGGGGGCCGGGCCCUGGUGUCCAUCAAAAAAAUUGCACAGGCGAUUAUUUAAGUGUUUAGAAGAUUUUGAGCAGUGGCGUAGCGUGCUAAUGUUGAACCUAAAAUAAACAAUAACUGAGAACACAAAAUAUAAAUUUAUGCGCAUAUCAGUAUCAAAAUGGUUAAAUAACAAUUGCGUCAAUUUGUGCACUAGAUCAUGUAAAAUGUUUUGCAAAAUAUACAUCUAUCGAUACAUUCUGUUUCAUUAGAAAUUUUUCGUGUAUAUGUUUCAUACCACUUCCAUACUACUACAGGAAAACUCGAGCUGGCUCGGCCCAGCUGGUUAACUUUGGACCUCGAGCCAAGCAAAUACUUUAGUCCGGUUCGAGAUAAUUCAGCUCGACUCGGUUAUUAUCGAGCCGAGUCCAGCACACCAAAAGCUCUCUUGGCCCUGCUAGUUAAGAGCACUGAUUUCAAGGCCUCAUAAUUUCUGUCCAAACCUCAGAUCGUGAACCUAAAGCCACGGCGCCGAUCGGCCUUGACCUUACCGAAGCCUUUGGUUAACGAUUAGUUUUAAAGAUUUUCAUUUUCAAAAUAAUAGUCGACCUCAUGUCUUACUGAGGUCGACCUCAAAAUCCUAAAACAGGCAGAGGCCUGAGGCCAUCCUUCACUGUUCAGGCAUAUUGUGGCCUAUUAUGUAGGCUAUUUCAUUUUUACACGAGUGGCAACAAUGGAUAAUUAUGUAUGCAUGCAUUUUUUAGCUGAAAGAAUUAGAAAAUAUUCAGACUGCAGUUGAUUUUAAAAUGAAUAAGAAUAGUUUUUCAGUAACCAACACCAAACAUAAAACCUAAACAUUGACACUAAUAUACCUAUCCUAAGUGCGCAUCGAUAGUUAACACACUAAGCAAACACCUGAAAAAAUUGUGUGUGCUUUCUACUUAGGAAGCCUAAGUAAUUUGUGUAAAAAAGUAGUUAGAAGUUUGUAUGUUAACAAUUGCACAUGUUCUCAUUUUCCAUCUUUUCAUUUACUCUGCACAGUAUAACCAAAAUUUUUUUGAGACGCUUCUCAACUUUCCCAGUCCGACAAACUUAUUGCGGGAAUUUAUUGCCAGGUUUCUUUUCACCAUCAAAAUCCAAGCUUAAAUUUGUUACAAUUAAAUUUCACAAAUUCUAUCGGUACUACUAUCCCGCAAUGACGAGGAAACAUAAACUGGAUAACCAGAAACCGAUUAGUGAUGUGUCGAAAGAACCCUCCGGAGCUCAAAAACGUAAGAAACAGAAAGAAAUAGAAGAUAAGGAUAAAAAAUUAAGGAAGCAGGCCGAGCGGUUUUUUAAGUCACCUACACAGCCUCAUUCGGAUAUCUCAGUGGUAAGUUGUGACACUUUCUGAACGAUUAUUUAUUGUAAAUAUUGUGGUAAAAUUCAUUCAAAUUAGAAUCGCUAAAUUGAAAAUUAAUGAAAUUAUUAAGCAGACGGAUUCGCCGGCAACAACUUCAACAUCAUUGCAAAUUUCUGUAGAUGAUGUACGUUCGGAUGGUUCACGUAAUCAGGAAGCAAUCGUGUCUGCUCAGGUUCUGAACUUUAAAAAAAUUAUGCCAAGCUCAUUUUUUAUUGAGCAAAAUUAAUUUGGCAUCAAAGCUGACCAAUAAAUAAUACUGUUCAAAUGUAUUUAAUGAAGAUUGAUUUGGAAACGUCUUCUCUACCCGUUAAAAUUCCUAAUGAAAAUAUUGAAAAUAAAGAAUUUCUGGCGACCUCCGAAGUCGAAAUGGAUGCUGAUGACGACGCUGCAAUUUCAUUGUUUGAUCCGAGUAGUUGGCCCCAAAUCCUGAACGAGGAAAAUCGGAACAGAAUCUUGCAGUCAGUGCCAAAUUUUGAGUCUACCUUUACUUUCGUCCCAGUUAACAGUCACAAAUUUUCGGGAAGAUAUUUUUCUGGAUCAAAGAAGAAUGGCGAAUCAUAUUUUCGUGAUUGGCUGAGAUUCAGCAAGAUUUCUAAUAGCGCAUUUUGUCUUCCAUGUUGCUUUUUCUCCUCCAAAUCUGGAAACAAAUCACCAUGGAGUAAUUGGGGGGUUGGAAAUAUCGGUUUCCAGGAUUUCAAACACGCGAAGCGGGGAGUUGAAGACCACGAGGACAGCCUUAGCCAUUUCGACGCGACGCGGACAUGGAAAUGUUUCCUAAAAAAUGUCAAGGAUCCCACAUCGCUAACAGGCACUUGUGUGAAAACCUAUGAUGAAAACAUCAAUCAUUGGAGAUUGGUUUUGCGUGGAAUAGUAGACGCCGUACUAUUCUUAGCCAAGAAUAAUUUGGCCUUCCAAGGUGGAAGUCAAAAAAUAACCGAUCCAAAUUGUGGAAAUUUUCUGAACCUCAUCAAGCUGCUUUCGAAGUAUUAUGCCCCCUUGGCCGCCCACGUCGAUCACUUACAAAAAAACAGCCCAAGUUAUCUUAGUGCCAUCUCCCAAAAUGAAUUUAUUUUGCUCUGUGGCCAAAGAAUUCGAACAUAACUUGUCAAUGACAUUAAGGAACGAAAAUAUUUUUCCAUUUUAUUCGACAGCACUCCGGAUUCCUCUCGACAAGAUCAAAUUUCUCAAGUUAUUCGCACAGUGGAAUGCAAAGAAAUGGGUUGCCGAGUUGUUGAAAGCUUUAUAGACUUUAUCACUACGACCAAUAAAACCGGGCUUGGACUCUCUAAAGUCAUCCAGGAGAAGCUGGAAAUGGAUGGAUUGGACCUGAUGGAUUGCAGAGGACAAGGCUACGACAAUGGAGCAAACAUGGCGGGCAUCUAUUCUGGAGUCCAAGCAAGAAUUUUGGAAAUAAAUGACAAGGCAAAAUUUUUACCAUGUGCGGCACAUAGCCUGAACUUGGUGGGGGUUAAUGCAGCGGAGAAAGUUCCUCCCGCAAAGCUGAUUCUUGGCGACGUCCAAAAUAUUUACUUAUUUUUUUCCGGAUCAGCAUCAAGAUGGGAUGUUCUUCAAUCCAAAGUCAAGCUAACCCUGAAAUAUCAAAGUAACACAAGAUGGUCAUCAAAAACCGCCGCCGUCUCUGCAUUAUAUGACCAGUACCCAGAAAUCGUUGACGCCCUUACCGAAAUUUCAACCUCAGAGUCUUUCACUUCGGAUGUGAAUGCCAAUGCCCUUAGCAGAUUGCGGGACAUGCUAAACUAUAAAUUUUUACUUGGAAUCACUAUUUGGAACCAGAUUUUGUUCCAAAUAAACAUCUGUAAUCUCAACCUGCAAGAUAAAACAAUUGAUGUGAGUAUAGCCAAGAAGAAAUUAAAUGUCCUCAAAACUUGGUUGGAGAAUUUCAAGGAAACCGGAUUUCAGUCAUCCGAAGUCUUGGCGCAACAAAUUGCCGAAAACAUGGGAAUAGAGAUGUCAAGUGGAUUUGAAAAUAUUCGUCAGGGAAGAGGGAUAAAUCCACGUUAUAUGGACCGUUCGGAUGCUCUGGUUGCGCAAAAGCAAACCAACCAUGAACGAUUUGAAGCCGAUUUUUUUGACAAAUUAAUGGAGAAGCUCAUUUCCGAAAUCUCCCGCAGAUUCGACGCCUUUAAGAAGUGCACGGAGACUUUUGAAUUUUUGUGGGGUCGCAACCUUAAAGAGAUGGAAAUUCAAGAGAAACAAAAAUGCAUGCAGGAUUUGUGUCAUGAAUAUCCUUCCGAUUUUUCCGGUCCUACAUUUUUAAAUGAAGUUCAGAGUCUGGAGACCACCAUAUCUGCAUUUAACGAAACUGGCAGAGACCUUCCUCAAUUGGGACCCAUGGAUGUCCUUAACAUUCUUUACGCCAAUGGCUUAGCGUCUGCCUACCCAAACUGCGAGACAGCACUUAGGAUAUUUCUGACUCUGCCCGUCUCUGUUGCGUCAAAUGAGAGGUCGUUUUCGAAGAUGAAAAUAGUCAAGAAUUACCUAAGGUCGACAAUGGGUCAGGAGAGGCUUAACGCCCUUGCGUUAAUUUCUAUUGAAAGAGAGGUUGCAGAUGAUAUUGACUUCGAUGAGGUGAUUAAUGAUUUCGCUUCCCAAAAAUGUCGCAAAAUUAAGAUUGUAUAACCUUGAAGUACGAGAUAGAGUGGUCGAAGUAGUAAAUAUUCUUUAAUAAAGUCAUACCUUUACUAAUUUGGACGUCAUUAAUAAGCUUAUCAUCAUAUUGAUCUGAUUUAGCACACAAGUUUAGAAUUAGAAUGUUAUGCAUAAACUCAUAGUAAAUUAUCAAUGAUCAUGGUAUCCUAUAGAGAUAAACAGUUCCAAUGUUAGUUAUUCAGUAUAGGACGGGGCUGGAAUGAUGGGAUUGGCUGGUUCACAGUUCAAAUAUCCCCAUGUAUUUGUGAAACCGCGCAGGUGAAGCCGUAGCCACUUACUCCACGUCGUCA